AUGACCCCUCAAUCUCCUGAUUUGAACCCCAUUGAACAUCUCUGGAGCCAUUUCAAGCGUGAACUCAACAAGUUUGAGACCCCGGGUGGAUUUCACGACCUCUUCGAUAACAUCAAGACCAUAUGGGACGGCCUUAGUGCCGAUGUGUGUAAAUGUUAG